CAACGUAGGCUACACGAUACGCGUCGUGGCUGAAACAUUCACUUCAAGUCCCAUGAUUCCGCUUGGGUGCAUCUCGCAGAUAACGGCUGCGCGUGUGAUCUCAAUCGCCUGCUCGCGUACACCAGGAGGCGGGAGCAGCUCGAGCGGCUAGGGAACCCACAGCCAGGAGAUAAAAGCGUGCGUGGGAGGGACUGGAUAAGCUCCCCUCGCAGCUAACACCACAGCAACGGGGCGGGUGAAUAUAAACACAUUCUGAUUAAACUCAGAGCCUGCUGAUAGCCACCAUGUUUCAACGAGGAGAGGACGAGGCGGGAUAAAUGAAAUGAACGGAGGAAUGGUGUGGACGAUGCUGUGCUGAGGACACAUUGAGAGUGAGUCAGCUUGCUGUUGAAGCGGAUGGCUUCUCAAGAGCUACUUUCAGACAAGGAUGCGCGACAAUACGAUCCGACGAAUGUCCUUGCAUGGGUUCUCAGCGCUCUGCACAUGCGCAGGACGGACAACUCAACAGGAGGACUCCCGUCGAAAGACCGCGAGUGCAGCGCGAGCAGGGCCUGCCAGGGAUGGUGUAAUUCAGCACCAAGGACGGCGCCACACAUAGGGGGUGGCGGCGAGGUGAGACUAGGUCACCUAGCGGAAGAGAAAGUCAUAGUUUGCUGCGACGAGGAAUUGGAGACGUCUUUUACGUACGUCGAUGAGAAUGUAAACCUUCGACUGGCGAGCCCAGACUCCAGUCGCAAAGGUAACCACAAAGCCACGUGCAAUGGCGACAACCCCUGCGGUGCCGAGUCGUUGCCAGAACUAUCCUUCGAGGAUCUUUCCUUCGGGGACAGUUUCGAGACCUCUUUAGACCAAGGUUUUGUCUGCGCGGUGACAUUCCUCGUCACGGGGAUCUCCUUGGUCAUCAUAUCGUACGUGGUGCCCCGCGGCGUGGCGGUGGACCGCGAGAGUGUGUCCGCCAGAGAGAUGGAGAGGCUGGAGAGGGAGGGCGCCCGGGUGGGAGCCCACCUGGACCGCUGCGUGAUCGCAGGGCUGUGUCUGCUCACGCUGGGCGGCGUGGUGCUCUCCAUCCUGCUUAUGAUCUCCAUGUGGAAGGGGGAGGUGUACAGGAGGAAGGCCUUGGCCUACACCAAGAGGUCCACCAAACUGUACGGCUCCAUCAACCUGGUGGCCAGAGCGAGUCCCAGCCAGUCCAACACCCAUUUGGAAGUGGAUGUGGAAGAAACUGUGACUUGAUUAUCUUUAAAAAAGCAUUAAGUGCAUUUGAACACUGCUCUUCCUUUUCAAGGGCACGUGAAGAACGUUCAAAUAUUGAAAUGCUAUUUUUGUCUGUAACCCAUAUACAUGAAUAUCUUCUGGCAGUAGCCUGCAUAUUCAGCGUUACAUGUUUUUGUCAACAUAGCCAUUUAUUAUUGUGUAAGUCUGCACAUAGGACUGACCUGGAAAAGUGUUCAUGCAGCUUGGAAACUAUUUCUUGUGUCCACAUAAUGGUUGAUAUAAGCUGAUAAUAGACACAGAGAAACUAUUUCAAAGGAAAUUCUUCUAAUUUUCGAAAUAAAUGGAAGAAAAGCCGCAGAGCGUUAAACCGAAGGGUGGAGAUCCUUAGAGGCUUGGGUCACACGUUCUGGAUACCUUUUUAAUUUGUGCCGAAGAACUUUUAGAGCCUCCAUUUACUACUGAGGCAGCUAUUCAUAUUUAAUGCGUAUGUCUCCCGACAGUGAAAUGCUGCAUGCACCACACAACGGUCACACACACACACACACACACACGCACACGCACACACACGCACACGCACACAC